AUGACUACUGCAAACUGCGGCGCCCACGACGAAUUCGACUUCAAGCUGAUCUUCGGGGAGGACGGGCAGCCCCCGCCGCCCCUACCCCCGGGGCCCGCAGAUACUGAACAAGCUGAUUGUGCGUCCAUUUACAUCUUUAAUGUAGAUCAGCCUCCAUCAACUGUAAACCAGCCAAUUUGCAUUCCUCACCAUGGAUUACAGCCUCACACCUCAGUUUUGUCAUCACCUCUUCAUCUGCAAGGUCAUAAAAACUAUGAAGGAAUUGGUGAGAUUCCUGAAUCUAAGUAUAGUCCACUAGGUGGUCCCAAACCUUUUGAAUGUCCUAGUAUUCAAAUUACAUCCAUUUCUCCCAAUUGUCAUCAAGGAAUAGAUGCUCAUGAAGAUGAACUGCAUACAAAUGGCUCAGAAAGUGAUUAUUUGGAAAGACCUUCUAGAGAUCAUCUCUAUCUUCCACUUGAACCAUCAUACAGGGACUCAUCCCUUAGUCCAAGUCCUGCCAGCAGCAUAUCUUCCAGGAGUUGGUUCUCAGAUGCCUCUUCUUGUGAGUCUAUAUCUCAUGUUUAUGAUGAUGUAGAGUCUGAGCUCAAUGAAGCUGCUGCCCGAUUUACACUUGGGUCUCCUUUAGCUUCUCCUGGUGGUUCUCCAAGAGGUCCUGGUGAUGAAUCUUGGCCACAACAGUAUGGAUUUGGACAUUCAUUAUCACCUAGACAGUCUCCUUGUCAUUCUCCUAGAACUAGUAUCACUGAUGAAAAUUGGCUUAGCCCUAGACCAACAUCUAGGCCUUCAUCAAGACCUACCUCCCCAUGUGGGAAGCGACGACACUCCAGUGCUGAAAUUUGUUAUGCUGGUUCACUCUCACCUCAUCAUUCACCAACCCACUCUCCUGGCCAUUCCCCCAGGGGGAGUAUAACAGAAGAUACAUGGUUAAGUACUUCUCUCCAUGGUGUGCAAAGCCUGAGUCCUGCACACUUUCCAUUUCAGUGCUGUGCAGAGACUGAUAUCCCUCUAAAAACAAGAAAGACCUCUGAUGAUCAGACUGCUACUUUACCAGGAAAAAUAGAUGUCUGUUCAGAUGACCAAGGAAAUUUGUCACCAUCCCUAGAGGCUACCAUAGAUGAUAGUCCUGGGUGUCAGCAUCCUUUAAAGAAAGAUUUAUCUAGUGACCAAUUUCUUUCAGUUCCUUCACACUUUACCUGGAAUAAACCAAAGCCUGGCCAUACCCCUAUAUUUCGCACAUCCUCAUUGCCUCCUCUAGAUUGGCCUUUACCAACUCAUUUUGGACAGUGUGAACUGAAAAUAGAAGUACAGCCUAAAACCCAUCACCGAGCCCACUAUGAAACUGAAGGGAGUCGUGGUGCAGUAAAAGCAUCUACUGGAGGACAUCCCGUUGUGAAGCUCCUGGGCUAUAAUGAAAAACCAAUAAAUCUACAGAUGUUCAUUGGAACAGCAGAUGAUCGCUACCUACGACCACAUGCUUUCUACCAGGUGCACCGAAUCACCGGGAAAACUGUUGCUACUGCUAGCCAAGAAAUAAUAAUUGCCAGCACAAAAGUUUUAGAAAUUCCACUUCUUCCUGAAAAUAACAUGUCAGCAAGUAUUGAUUGUGCAGGUAUUUUAAAACUUCGCAAUUCAGAUAUAGAACUUCGAAAAGGAGAGACUGACAUUGGCAGAAAGAAUACUAGAGUGCGUCUUGUCUUUCGUGUACACAUCCCCCAGCCUAGUGGAAAAGUCUUGUCUCUGCAGACUGCCUCUAUCCCUGUUGAAUGCUCACAACGAUCUGCUCAAGAACUUCCUCAGAUUGAGAAGUACAGUAUCAACACUUGUCCAGUAAAUGGAGGUCAUGAAAUGGUGGUGACUGGAUCGAAUUUUCUUCCAGAAUCCAAAAUCAUCUUUAUUGAAAAAAGCCAAGAUGGACGUCCUCAAUGGGAAGUAGAAGGAAAAAUAAUUAGGGAAAAGUGUCAAGGGGCGAACAUUGUCCUUGAAGUUCCUCCAUACCAUAACAGAACAGUUACAGCUGCGGUGCAGGUGCAGUUUUAUCUUUGUAAUGGCAAGAGGAAAAAAAGCCAAUCUCAACGUUUUACUUACACACCAGUUUUGAUGAAACAGGAGCAUAGAGAAGAGCUGGAUUUGUCUUCAGUUCCAUCUUUGUCCGUGCCUCAGAGUGGCAGUAUUCAAGGCCUACAUGCUGCCCAGACAUCAUCGCCUUCCUCAGAUCCAGGGCAACCACAUGACAGUUUAUUGCCUAGAAAUCUUGUCUGUCCAGUCCAACAACCAUAUACAUCAAUGGUGACCUCCUCAGCAUCCCAUUUGUCUCAUUUGCAGAGUAGAAACAUUAGUCCUGGUGAAGAAUGUCAUGUAAUGCCUUCUGUAUUACACCAGUCUUUUCAAGCCCCAUCAGCACCUCCUGUGAGGUCUUCCUACCAGCCUAUGCAAACUAAUGUUAUGUACAAUGGACAGACUUGUCUUCCCAUUAAUGUUGCCUCUAGUCAAGGAUUUGAUACAAAUUCAUUUCAACAGGAUACAACUGUACCUAAUUUAAUAAAUCUUAGUUGUCAACCUCUGCCACCCAUACAGUUUCAUUCUUCAAAUUCAGGGUCACUGUCAGCAUCUGUUCCAGGAGCAGGACAUCCCUUAGUGCAUACAGCUCCGUCAGGGCAGUCAUUGCCUCACCUGCAGCCAGUGGGAUACCAUUGUUCAAACCUAGGACAGGGUCCUGUUACUUCUACAACAAACCAGGCCCUGGGACAGCCUUCUUCUCAGUUACAACCUGGAGCAUACCACAGUUCAAACCCUGGAUCUACUACAACUUCCUCACCAACACCGUUGGUCCAUUCAGCCCUCUCUGGACCCCCAUCUCCUCAGUUACAGCCUAUGCCUUAUCAGUCUCCAAGCUCAGGACCUGCUUCCUCCCCAUCUCCAACUACCAUAACUCACUCUGGGCAACCUUCACCUCAAGCACACAGUCCUUCUGUCCCUUCAUCAUUAGUCUGUCAGCAUAGAUGUGAUUCAUCUUCCUUUUCACCUGAUGGAGCAGCAAUGAACAUUAAACCUGAUCCUGAAGAACAGGAAUUGAAUUUUGAAACGAUUGGUCUCCAGGAUAUUACAUUAGAUGACGUGAAUGAGAUCAUAGGAAGAGAUAUGUCCCAGAGAUCAGUUUCACAAGGAGCAGCAGUGACAAUUCAGCCACGUCAAGAGGUCCCUGACUCACUGGAUUCAAGAAUAUCAGAUGGAGUCCAAGAAUGAUGGCUCUUGAAGCUAUAGAUGUUCAUUAACACCCGUGUACCUCCCGGAAUAACUCUCUUCUACCACCUCUUCAUUGACUUAUUGUGCUUCCAAUUCUGUGGCCUUCAUGAACUGGAACUGUGUAGUCUUUGCAUUGCCCCUUUUGUGGGGGCCUUUUUUUGACAUAGGGACAGCAUUUCUAAAUCUCGUUCCUAGGACAGUGUAUAAAUGAACUUUGUAAAAAUGAAAACAAACAAUGUAGGAUAUUUGUGCUAUUUAAAAGUGAGCUUUGCUUUUUCUGCAUUUAAAGAGAAUACUUUUAUAUUGGGGUGCUUUAAAAGUGUGAAGGUGCGUGCUCCGAUAAUCCCAGGCACAGCCCUGAAUUAGAAGAAUGAUUGAAUUCCUCUUCUCUAUGCAGCUUUUUUUUAGGCAAGUGUCAUAAAUAGUUAGGAGUGGUUCCUACAGCUUCUUGCCACUAGAAAGACCUUCAGCUUUGAUGUUUUAAAAAAAGAACUUCGACAAGAAAAUCUUCCAGGGGCAGAGACCCACUAGCCAAAGCCUCUGAAUAUAGAUGACGUCAUGGGGGAUGUUGUAGAUUGAUAGGGAGUAAGUGGAAAUGUAGCUCUGCACAUCUUUAUAAAUGUAGAGUAUUGUUUGAUAGAUUGAGAAGAGACCAUUCCAUCAUUGCAAGUGUUGGAAUAUGAAUGACAUUCCAAAAUGUAAACGUUGUGUAACUUUGCAGGUAAUUUCCCCAUAUUCUUCUCACACAUGCUCCAUACUGAAAUAGUUUUCCUUAUUCAGAGCCUUUCUCAGAAUGAUUGUGUUGACACACAUAUAUAGCUAUAUAGAGAUGUAAAAGUUGGGAUUUUGACAGAAAUCUCUCAUUUUCAAAGCCACUUUAGAAACAGAAAAUAGAGAAGUAUUUGUAGGUGCUUUUGUGGUCUGUUCUGGCUGAAAUUCUUCUUUGCAAUCCAGUCCUCUUCUAGGGGUUCUUGGCUUUUGGGUUCUGAUUAGAGGCAUUGAUUAUUCUUCAGGCCUUCCCCUAAGAACCUGUCUAGAUGCAUCAGGGUCCAUCUGUCUUUGAAUCCAAAAGUUUAGGUGUAAAAGUUGUGUUGGUAAGAGCAAAGAAAGCAUUUAUGCUUAAGUAUAAUGGAGUAAGAGCUAUUUUAAGUAAAGUAGGACAGAACAACAGAACUUUUGCCUCCUAUUAGAAUCGAGGGAGAUGGAUCUGUCGAGCUGGUAUUGUAGGCCAGGGCUGCCACCCAGGCUUGAAAAUGGGUCCUUUUUACUUCAUCAGUUCUAUAUGCUGAUCUAAUUCCAACAUUACUUCCAUCUAUGUUAAUAGCUUUUUUUUCCCUAAUGUAAGAGGCUUUUCCCCUUUGAGUUGGUCUUCACAGACUUCAUCCUUAAUAGAACAAAAUAAACAACACUUAGAAAAUUUUCUCAGCUUUUUCAAGGUGGUACAUUGUAAACUUUAAGUCUGAAUUUGCCUUCAGAGCCCCAACCUCAAAGGCCACCUGACAUGUCAGACCCUCCAUCAUCUUCUAUAAGGAGCUUAGGAGAAACCGUGGAACUCAGUUGUUCCUAAGCUGUUAAGUUGACAUGAAAUAUAGUCAUGUUAUUUUCCACUGGUAAGUAAAUGCAGCUUCACAAACCAGGGAAAUUGUGCUGUGGCUGACAUAACUUUGGGAUGAUUACCACUAACUAGUAACCAAGCACUUCUCAAUAAGAAGCAAAGUAAUCCAUGAAGGCUGAUGAGAUCUAACCUGGUGCCACGCGUACUUUGUGAGAAGGCACAACCUUCCUGGGGGUGAAUCGAAGAUUCCUCAGAUACUUCCUCUGUUCUCUUCAGGAUAAAGAAGUUUAUUUGAUAUUUUUAAACAUCAUUGGCCCAUAGUAUUUUUCAGAAAGGGCAUGCCAUUUCAAGUGGGGAAACUGCCCUUUGUGAAUCAACUGUCAUCACACAUUAACCCAUGGUCAUUGUAGAGGACUUUUUAGAAGUUGAUUUUUGUAAUUCCAAGAGUGGGUUUGUCUUCUGAACACUUCGAUUUUAUCUUCUUUGAUGAGUGCUGUUCACCUUUUCACCACUAAGCAGUCUGCUCCUAGGAUUGAAGAUGAAGGAACUAGAGGGAGCCCCCUGCUAGCUGUGUCUAGGCUGCCCCUACCCUGGUGAAGGUGCUCCUAAGCCUCACCUACUGUUGGCAGAAGUCUCCUAACUGUGAAGGAUCUGUCUCUGAGGCCCUUUAGUGGGGAUCUGCCUGGGCAGACAGCUGCUGGGAAGGAACGCUCUCAGUUAAACUCCUGCAACUGAUCCCUAGCGUCCCUCACCCAUCCAGGUGCUCUGCGCGAGGGCCAGUAUGAAAGCCUGUACAAUCCCGAGUUGCUAUGCACUAAAUUUUCUGAUGCCUUUAAAUACCUUGAUGCCUGUAGACCUAGAAAUGCUUUCCUGUGUAAAAUUAAAAUAGAGCUUUGGAUAUUAUGUAAACGGUUUUGUAUCUGCCUUUUAAAAGCUUCCGUACAAGGGUCUUAAUAUUUUUGUGGCUUGUAUCCUAAAGACUGUUAAAAAUUUCCUUGUGCAAUGUAAUGGUAUAAAAAGCACACAACCCUCCUUUGUCAGGCUAUGCAAAUGAAGUCUCCAUAGUACCCUGGGCCAGCCUGGUGGCAGACCCUGGACUCGGUCUGGAGACGGGUAGAGGGUUAUUAGCCACUGGGGGUGGGGGGCAAGGAAGGGACGAAAUGACAAGCCCAUGGAUCUGUGCGUUUGACAGGUGGGCUGUGAGGAAUCUCCUGAAAAAUCCCCAGCGUCCAUUAGCCGGCUCCAGGUUGGUGGAACAACUCCUCGGCAAACCAAAGAGAAAAAGGGCCUGACGGCCGAGCCGCCCCUGAUGCUUUGAAACUAUUUUUGAUAUUCAGAAUGGACGUCAUUCCUCGAGGCUUAGAGAUGGGUCCGCAAACUUUUAUAUUUAAAGAAAAGAUUCAUACAACUGUGCUAGAUCAUGUUUACAGAGCUAUGUAUUGUAAUUUCAUGUACAUUUUGUAUUUCAGACGUUUUGUAAGUUUUAUGAUUGCAGUGCUACUUGCAUAAAACAAAGGGAAGAACUAGCAUUUGAGGCUUUUCAAUCAUAGUGCUGAAAUAAAUGAUGAAAGAUCAAA